AUGCUCUCUACGAGGGGGCAGGGAUUCACGGCAUCUCAUGUCGUCAGGAGCGGGCAUAAGGCGACUCCUCGCUCGGUGACCCGACCUGUGAUGGCACAACAGCAGCAGCAGUCGUCCGCCCUCGAGCUUGUCGAUGACGCAGCAAUACUGCCCGGCAUUGCUGCCAGCGUCUUUGAGAAGGACGCCCGCCCUGUCCUGCUGUACGACGGCGUUUGCAACAUGUGCAACGGCUUCGUGAACCUGUUCCUUGACGUCGACACGGACGAGAAGUUCAGGUUUUCUGCCUUGCAAAGCCAAACUGGUCGCGCGCUUCUUGCUCUCUCCGGGAGGUCGCCCGACGACAUUUCCAGCAUCGUACUGGUCGAGCAAAGCGGAGCGGCUCACAUCCAAUCGGACGCGCUACUCAGGAUGGGGCGGUUAUUAGGGGGACCUGUGGGCCUUGUCCUUCUCCCUGGUGUCCUUGUCCCAAAGUUUGUCCGGAAUAAGAUGUACGACACCGUCGCGGACAACCGUUACAGCGUGAUGGGAAAGAGAGAUGUUUGCCGGUGUUCGGACGAGCGAUACGCGGACCGCUUCAUCUGAUCAUAUAUAUUUCCUGUUUAUUCCUACGCGGAGAACAAUGUUCUUUCUCCUUCGAAGGGCUGGGCUGGAAAAGGCGCCGACCAGCUGCCUUCAGAAACGUCUACCAAAUAUUUUUCAUUAGGUUGACAGUUUUGGGUUCGCUGAGUUGCAACGAUGAUGCUGGUCGGGCUGACAAGGUGUUCACUUCUCCCGAGCCUGGUUGUGUUUUGUACAAAAACUGCUGCAUUCACGGUGUCCGAGAUUGAUAGUAUAAGUUAUGAGUUUGAUAGGUGGGUACCGCGCCGUUUAGAUACGUUUGUGCACCAUGGUACAGUAUGUAUUUCUGUUGUGUUUUUCCGUAACCGUAGCGCGUGUUGGUGAUCGCUGUGCUCGGUGAACAACCUUUUCCUAUUCCCACCACCUGGCAGAUUCGGAAUAUAUCUCCUUGUAGCACUUUCGUCCACGGUAGUGGUUGCGGCGGGGGUGACUAACGGUCGUCUUGAUUGUAGCUACUCGGAUGGCCGGCUUGUUGGCCACGGUUGUGCUUAUACUUUUUUUGGGUCAUCCGUCAACGAAUGAGCAACGAAAUAG